AUGGCGAACUACACCGGCGGCUCCGCAGAGGCCGAACAUCUCUGCGUUUUGGUUCAUGGGUUAUGGGGUAACCCCAACCAUAUGGCCAAUAUUGCCAAGGGGCUACGCGAGCAGUACUCGGACGACAAGCUGCACAUUCUCAUCGCCAAGCGGAACUCGGGAUCCUUUACCUACGAUGGCAUCGAGCUUGGAGGGGAGCGGGUCUGCCUGGAGAUCGAGGAGGAGCUGCAGAUUAUCGAGAGCAAGGGCGGCAAGAUCAAGAAACUCAGCAUCGUCGGAUACUCCCUCGGGGGACUGGUUGCGCGAUAUGCAAUCGGCCUACUGUAUGCGAAGGGCGUCCUUGACCAGCUCGAGUGCAUGAACGUCACCGCGUUCGCCAGCCCAUUCCUGGGUGUACGCACGCCUCUCCGCGGCUGGGCGAAUCAAGUGUGGAACGUCCUCGGCGCACGCACGCUCUCCGAGUCCGGCCGGCAGCUCUUCACGAUCGACAGUUUCCGCGAUACCGGGAGGCCGCUCCUCGCCGUGCUGGCCGACCCCAACUCCAUCUUCAUGUCUGGGCUGGCCAAGUUCAAGCGCCGCACCUUAUACUCCAACAUUGUCAACGACAGGAGCGCCGUCUACUACACCACGGGCAUCGCCAAGACGGACCCAUACACGGACCUAUCCAAGAUUAAGGUAAACUACGUCAAGGGCUACGAAGACGUCGUCCUCGACCCGGUAAACCCCGUCUCGCCGCGCCCGGCAGUCGAGACGCAGCCCCUCGCCGCCCGGCUGCGCGGGUGGGUCUCGAAAGUCCCCUUCAUCCUGGCCCUGACGGUGCUCCUGCCCAUCGCGACGGUCGGGUUCCUGAUAACGUCCCUCGUCCAGACAGUCCGCAGCUCCAAGCGCAUCCGGCUGCACGAGAAGGGCCUGGCGGGCAUCAACACCGAGACCUACCGCGUGCCCCUGCUGAUCAAGGAGAUCCGCGGCGCCGUGGAGGACGCGUACGGCAACCUCAACAGCUCCCAGAACCAGGAGUAUCUCGGGCUCUCCGACAUUGAAGAGACAGAUGCGGACGCAGACGCAGACGCAGACGGCAGCGGCAGCCGACCCGCAGACGAGGAGGAGGCCCGGAACCCCGACCCCGACCCCGACUCUGGGGCCGGGGUCGGGGUCGGUGCGGGGGGCAAAUGCGCCUCCAGGAUGAUCCUCGCCCGCGAGCGCAGGCAGUCGCAGCCGGAGCAGCCGACGCUCGCGCUGACGCCGCACCAGUUCGCCAUGGUCGAGGCGCUUGACCGCGUCGGCUGGCGCAAGUACCCGGUCUGGAUCCACGGGCACCGCCAUAGCCACGCCGCCAUCAUCGUGCGCAUGGACAAGGCCGCCUUCGCCGAGGGGAAGGUCGUGCUCCGGCACUGGCUGGGCGAGGAGUUCCUGUUCUGA